AUGACAACUCUCACUAUAGACGGCCUCCAGGCUCUUCUAUCUGAUCUCGGUGUUGAGACGCCUAUUCCAGAGUUCCCCGACUCGAUCCCUUUGCGCAAACCCCUCGAUAUAGCUCGAGCGUACCUUGCCGGUGCACUCAAGCGCCUUGCUCCUGACCAUGCUAACAAUGUUUCCAAAGCUAUCGCAGAAGCUAGCAAUAUCAACUACGGAGAUUUGAUAAUUAUUGUUCCGAAAAUUGAUCAUGAUUGCGAGGCCGAGCUCUACGCUUUAGACCUCAUGUCUAAGUUUCCCACAACUCCGUUGUUUGUACUUCCUGUCCCAGAAGGAAUGCAAUUACGCCUGUUUCUUAACACAGACACUUUGCAGAACUGGCUUCUUCCUUACAUCAUUGAUCGUGGAUGCAACUACGGUGUCGAUGGCACGACUUCUCCAACAGGACAGUCACCACUCGAUGCCAAACAAAAGAAGGUAGUCAUUGAAUUUUCUUCGCCUAACAUAGCUAGCGAGUUUCAAGGGAAACAUUUACGAUCUACCCUGCUAGGUGCACAGAUUUCCAAUCUGUACCGUGCUUUCGGCUGGGACGUGACGACUAUCAACUACCUGGGCGACUGGGGAAAGCCCAUAGGACUUUUGGGAGCAGGAUUCGCUAGGUUUGGUUCUCAAAGUCUGCUCGAAACCGAUCCGAUUGCGCAUCUACGAGAUGUGUACCAAAAAACCUACGAGAUGUUUAGGCCCGAGGAGCUGGAGAGCAGGAGGGCGCGUGACGAGCAUGGCGUUGACGCUGCAAGCGAAGUAGAAUCUCGAGGCCUGUACGCUGAACGUAACGCCUUCUUUAAGAAAAUGGAAGAUGGCGACGAAGAAGCCCUGGAGUUUGCGAAAAGAUUCCGCGAGGUCAGCAUUCAGGACUACAGUCAACUCUACGCGAGAAUGCACGUCAGUUUCGAUGAGUACUCAGGAGAGUCUCAAGUUUCGAAGGAAACCAUGGCCGAGGUCAUCCAGAUCAUGAAAGACAAAAAUCUAACGGUUGAGAAAGGCGGCGCUCUUACCAUCGAUUUAAAGGAACAUGGGGCAAGCGGUAUUGCAAUAAUACGCACGAGGGAAGGGAGCAGUACCUACCUCCUAAGAGAUCUUGCAGCUGUCCUUGAGCGUUACCGACGGUAUUCUUUCGACAAGAUGGUCUACGUCGUGGCCGCGGAUAACAAAGCUCAUUUCGCCAAAGUCUUCCAGAUUCUACAUCUGAUGGGACUUGACGACCUUGCUGACAAGCUGCAUCACGUUUCCUUCAGCGACAAGUCUCAUAUCCCCAAGUCGGGUGACCACGAGCAGACCCUUGCCAGCGUCCUAGAUCAGUGUGAAGAGACAAUUCAGAAAGCUAUUUCCGAAGACCCGCAGAAACUGUCUCAGCUACGAUCUGUAAGCGCUGCUAACUUGUGUACAUCUGCAAUGUUCGCGCAUGUGUCGUCUGUUAAGUCUGCAACGGAGCUGACAUUUGAUGUGGAGAAGCUCGCUUCUUUUGAAUCGUCAAACGCUCUUGAGCUUUUGUCAUGGUUCUCAAGUCUUUCUUCUAUCAAAUAUUUGGAUCAUGAGGUGUCAGCCGGACCCAUUGACGCAUCAGAAGCAUCUAAGGAGGAAGCUCAGCAGUCUACGAUGGUCAACAAUAGUUCAGUGCGUACACUUGAAGAAGCAGAGAGAACGAAAGAUGAAGAAAGAGCAGCUUUACUAAGACUACUCUCACAUUAUCCCGAAGUUGUGGACACUGCAUUCAAGGCGAAGACCCCUGAGCCGUCGGCCAUUAUGGCUUUUUUGAUGAGUGUCACAACUCGUUUAAGUGGAUGCAUUGAAGAUCGCACGAAAGUUGUUGCUCAAAACAAAAUGCAGAAAGAACUUUUCAAAGCGACCGAAGUUGUCUUGGAGAACGGCUUGAAGUUGCUCGGAAUCAUUGCAGGGUAA